AUGCUGCGUUUAGGCUUGUACGGCCAGCAUGAGACGCAGCAGCUGCUGCGGCCCUCUCUGCUCAGACCUGAGGAGUUGUCCAUGGAGUCAGGCAUCGAUCCAGGACAGGAUUACUACACACAGGAUUACUACAACUACGACCACGGGUUCGAGUACGGCAGCCGGAGGAAGCUGAUCUCUCCUUCAGGGCCCUACGACGAGUACGGGGAAGUGAUCGUGGACGAAGAUGGGAGUUACUACUACAGCCCCCAGGAGUCUGACACCGAGGUAAAGAGGCAGGUGCAGGGAGGAACAGUAACCUCCGACUCCAAACGCUCCCAAUCCCGCUCUUCUGGAAAACCCACACAAACUAAGAACGGCACCAAAUCUCCCUCAGAAAUCCCAACAAAGCCCAAAAGUGCGAUGGAAAAGUUAAAGUCCGUGUUGAAACUGGGAUCUCUGUUCUCCUUGUCGGCAAACAAGGGCAGCGGACAACCACCUGCCGUGCACCCGCCGUGGAGCAAAGCCCGGGUCGGCCCUGAGCGGAAGGGGAAGUCUGGCCCGGAAAAACCAACCAGAGACUCGGAAAAUCCAGCCGGCGCACAAACAAGAGAAGCAGCGACGGAGCCGGGGCCGGGGAGAGCGAACAGAAGAAUGCCAAACAAUGGGAUGAGAAAUGGCUUUGGCGGAGGACUUGGACCAACGUCAGAACAGAGGAGAAUAGAGCUCCCGGGUUUGCCUUCUUCGAGCUGGUCUGGCAGCGUUGGGAAUGGGAUACUCAUAGACGGGACUUAUUUCCAAACCGCAAGCGAAGCCAAUAAAGCGGCUCCAGCGAAACAACAGCUCAGCGAGGCCUUGAGUCUUAUCAGCCUGAGCAGGAGACUCCAGGGAGCCGCUGUAGCUCCGGACUGGGACAACCCACCGGGGCCCGGCAGUGCGGUACGAGUCGGGACCGACGGGAAGUCCGGUGGGUCUUUGGAAGAACGGGGGAAGCUGGAAGAACAAAGGAAAGCGUCGAAGGAGUCCGAGUUUUCAGAUACAAGCAGUUCUUCUACCACAGACGCCGGGAAUUUCAAAAACUCGGAAAACGACAGCGUGUCCAAGACGGAGACGGAAGAAUCGGACACGGAGAAAGAUCUCUCUGACAGCGACGAAGGGGAAAGCUCGGACAGAGGGUCAGAGAGCUCCCGACGCAAACGUGCCAAGUCCAGGCCCCAGACUUCCAGACGGCGUUCCCUCUCCACGGACGAGAGUGAGGAGGAGAGCGACGGGUCUGAGGCAGAGGAGGCGGAAUCCCCGCGUAACCAUGACGACCUGUCGCCAAUCAUGGAGGACAGCGAGGAGGAGAGGAGCAGCGGGCAGGAUGAGGAUUGA